UCACACGCCCUCCACCCUAACCCGUUUCCCUCUUCCUGCACAGCCGCCACGCCACGCCCUCCCUGCUCGUCGUCUCUUCGCUUCUCCAAUCUCCACCGCCGUCGCUAGCUCGCCGGAGGAGGCGGACCUAGCGUGGUCACGCGUGAAUAAGCACCCUCUGUCUGAAAACCCCACCGCGGGAGCCUAGAGGCGGCGAGCCCUCAGGGAGAGAGAGCCUUUGGGCCCGCGGAACAAACAGCGGAGGGGGGGCUGGGUUUGAUGAGAUACGCGAGCCUGCUGCCGGGGCGGCGCGGGUGGUGAUGCUCCUGGCAUCCUCCGUCCUUCGGGGUCGCCUCCGCCCGCUCCGCCGGCCCCGGCCCCUGAUCAUGCCCUCUCCUCUCUUCCUCUCCCGAAACCCUAACCCCAGCCCGGGCAGCAACGGCGCGAGCCUCCUCCCCAGCCCCAGCCCCCACCACUCGUCCUCCGCGGCCAUGAGCACCGGCGGCGGCGGCGGCGUCUACGUGCCGCCGAUGCGCCGGCUCCGCUCCGUCAUCGCGUCUACCAACGGGAGCCUCGCGCCACCGCCGCUGGCACAGCCGGCGUGGACGCCGGAAUGGCGGGCCGAUGGGCGCUCGAACAGCCCGCCGUCGCCGCCUCAGCAGCAGCAGCGGCGUGCGGCCCCUCUCCCGCCCCGGCCGCCGCCACCCCAGCAGCCGCCCUUACGCCAGCAGAGCGCUGGGUAUGCUCGGUAUGCGUAUGAUGACUUCUCCGAGGAUGAGUCGGAUCGGGAAAUGGACCGCUCGUCAGCGUCCAGCAAGGGUGCAUCCACUUUAGAUAAUGUUGAUGAGUGGAAAUGGAAACUGCACAUGCUUCUCCGAAACGACGACGAGCAAGAGAUUAUCUCAAGGGAAAAGAAGGACAGGCGUGAUUUUGAACAACUUGCCCAACUGGCAGAUCGAAUGGCUUUGCACAGCCGUCAGUAUUCCCGAAUCAUCGUGUUUAGUAAGGUCCCGUUGCCAAAUUAUAGAUCAGACCUUGACGACAAAAGACCUCAGAGAGAGGUAUCUAUACCUUCCGGCUUGCAAAGAGAAGUUGAUGCAUUGCUUGCGGACUAUCUUGCAAGGAAGAGAACAAACAGCGGGAACUUCCCUAAUGCUGCCUUCUCAAGGUCAAGCAGCACAGACAGUUUUGUGACUGAUGAAAGCUUCUAUGACCAGCCGGAUAAUCAGGCAUCAGCUAAUGUUGUGUUGGAGAGAAUCCAGAAAAGAAAAAGCCUACAGUUGCGUAACCAGCAAGCUGCUUGGCAGGAAUCAAAUGAUGGUCAAAGCAUGAUGGAGUUUCGCCGUAGUCUUCCUGCUUAUAAAGAAAGGCAAUCAUUAUUGGAUGCUAUAUCUCGGAACCAGGUGGUUGUAGUUUCAGGUGAAACUGGCUGUGGUAAGACAACACAGCUGCCACAAUACAUUUUGGAAUCUGAAAUAGAUGCUGCUCGUGGUGCUACUUGCAGUGUUAUUUGCACUCAACCAAGACGAAUAUCAGCAAUUACCGUUUCUGAAAGAGUUGCUGCUGAAAGAGGUGAAAAGAUCGGGGAAUCGGUUGGCUACAAAGUUCGGUUGGAAGGAAUGCGAGGAAGAGAUACACGCCUACUUUUCUGCACCACUGGAGUCCUGUUACGGAGAUUGCUGGUAGACAGAAGCUUGAAAGGUGUUACCCAUGUUAUUGUGGAUGAAAUCCAUGAACGGGGCAUGAAUGAAGAUUUUCUACUUAUUGUCCUAAAGGACCUCCUUCCACGCCGGCCUGAGCUAAGACUUGUAUUGAUGAGUGCAACCCUCAAUGCGGAUCUAUUCUCUUCAUACUUCGGUGGAGCACCCAUGAUACAUAUACCUGGUUUCACAUACCCUGUUCGGAGUCGUUUUCUAGAAGAUAUACUUGAAGUUACUGGGCACAGAUUGACUUCAUACAAUCAGAUUGAUGACUAUGGUCAAGAGAAAAGUUGGAAGAUGCAAAAGCAAGCUAUAAGGAAGAGGAAGAGCCAAAUUGCUUCUGUUGUCGAAGAUGCAGUUAAAGCUGCUGAUUUAAGGGACUAUAGUUCGCGAACUCGUGACUCGCUAUCCUGCUGGAAUCCUGAUUCAAUUGGUUUUAAUUUAAUAGAAAAUGUCUUGUGCCAUAUUUGUCAAAAGGAAAGAGAUGGUGCUGUUCUUGUCUUCAUGACUGGGUGGGAUGACAUUAAUGCGCUAAAAGAGCAACUGCAAGCAAAUCCAUUGCUUGGAGACCCUAAUAAAGUUUUGCUGCUUGCCUGUCACGGUUCAAUGCCUAGCUCGGAGCAGAAACUAAUAUUUGAGAAACCUGAGGCUGGUUUAAGGAAAAUAGUUCUUGCUACCAAUUUGGCUGAAACUAGUAUUACUAUCAAUGACGUAGUUUUUGUUGUUGAUUGUGGAAAAGCAAAAGAGACAUCUUAUGAUGCACUGAAUAAUACCCCCUGUUUGCUUCCGACCUGGAUCUCCAAGGCUUCUGCUCGACAAAGACGAGGAAGAGCUGGCCGAGUUCAAUCAGGAGAGUGUUUCCAUCUUUACCCACAAUGUGUAUAUAAUGCCUUUGCUGACUACCAGUUGCCGGAACUUCUGAGAACCCCUCUCCAAUCCCUCUGUUUGCAAAUAAAAAGCUUGCGGCUUGGGAGCAUCUCAGAAUUUUUAUCCAGAGCUUUGCAGUCACCUGAGUCUCUAUCGGUACAAAAUGCCAUUGAAUAUCUCAAAGUUAUCGGAGCAUUUGAUCAGAAUGAAGAGUUGACAGUUCUAGGAAGACACUUGUCUAUGCUUCCAGUUGAGCCUAAAUUGGGCAAGAUGCUUAUUUUGGGGGCUAUUUUUAAUUGCCUUGAUCCCAUAUUAACCAUUGUUUCUGGACUAAGCGUUAGAGAUCCAUUCAUGACCCCAUUUGACAAGAAGGAUCUUGCCGAGUCUGCUAAAUUACAGUUUUCAUGCCGUGACUAUAGUGAUCACCUCGCGCUUGUUCGUGCAUACGAGGGUUGGAGAGAGGCUGAAAGAGAUCGCAACGGCUAUGACUACUGCUGGAAAAACUUUCUGUCCGUGCAAACCUUGAAAGCCCUAGAUUCCCUUCGGAGGCAGUUCGUUUUUCUUCUAAAGGACACUGGUUUGAUUGAUGAAAACAUGACUAGGUGCAAUAAAUGGAGUCGUGAUGAAAACCUAGUUCGGGCAGUCAUUUGUGCGGGACUAUACCCGGGUGUUUCAUCUGUUGUUAAUAAAGAGAAGUCAAUUUCUCUCAAGACAAUGGAGGAUGGGCAGGUUAUGCUUUACUCGAGUUCAGUCAAUGGAAAAGAAGCCAAAAUUCCAUUUCCCUGGCUAGUGUUCAAUGAGAAGGUGAAGGUGAAUUCAGUGUUUCUCCGGGAUUCAACAGCUAUAUCUGAUUCUAUACUGUUGCUCUUUGGAGGAAACAUACAACAAGGGGGCUUGGAUGGGCACUUGAAAAUGCUCGGAGGAUAUCUGGAAUUCUUCAUGAGCCGUGAUCUCGCAUCGACUUACUUGAAUCUCAAGAGUGAACUUGAGGAUUUCAUCCACUGCAAGCUUCAAAACCCAAAGAUGGACAUCCAAACCAGUGAGGAACUGCUAUCAGCUGUACGCUUGCUGGUUACGGAGGACCCAUGCAGUGGCCGGUUUGUCUACGGUCGACAAGAACCAAGAUCAAAGAAAGCGAAGACGAUGACCUCAUUAGCCUCAGCCUCCAUGGACCGUGGAGGUGGACAUGGAGGGGACAACCCGAAGAACCAGCUCCAAACUCUCCUAACAAGGGCCGGGCAUGGCAACCCGUCCUACAAGACGAAGCAGAUCAAGAACAGCCUCUUCAGGUCAACGGUUGAGUUCAAUGGCAUGCAGUUUGUAGGGCAGCCAUGCGCCAACAAGAAGCUCGCGGAGAAGGACGCGGCAGGAGAGGCCAUCAAUUGGCUUACAGGAGGAGGAGCUCCCUCUGACUCAAGAGACCCACAAGACGCGGACCACAUGUCCAUGCUGCUGAAGCCGACACGCAGGAAGAGGCACCAUUUUAGGAGGACUUGAUCUGAGCAGAAGGUUUAUUUUCCUCCGUCCGUAGCAAUCAGGGGCCAUAGCGAGCACGGGACCUAGUUACAGCAGCAAGAAAAAAUAUCGUAGAUUAGCGUAAGAAACAUGGCAAUUUUUUGUGAGAUGCCGGAGGAUUUUCACAGGGCGUUGGAGCCUGUGCGGCAAUGUGUAAUGAGGUUAUACAUCAGAAAACAAAGGGUUUCCACUGGCUGUGAUAGUGCAAAUUGAUAGUCUAUUGUUAUUUUUAGGUUCUGGGCCUGUUCAUGCGGUGACUUUUAACUUCACUGUUGCUCUGCCGGACUGUAAAAGUGUCUAAAAGUGAUGAUAGAGCAUGUCAUGGUGCCAGAACAAUAGAGAAACUUGUGGUGAUAGAGCAUGUUAUGUUCUCCCGAGAAAGGUUGAACAACUGUUGUUUUUAGAGGCUUGCUCUUUUCUGGACAAAUAAGCUCCUGACAUUGGUAUAUGUAAUAUGCCCUUCGAUUGCUCGUCA